UUCAAAAAGAAUAGUGUAUCAGCCCCAUAGACCGCAGAAUCGUCGUUUAUUUGUUGCUUUUACUACGCUGUGAAUCUAGUAUCGCACAAUCCAAGCGUCUCUGGUUUCAUCACUUUGGGCAAUGACUGGGCGAGGAAGAACCCAUGCCACAAGCCCUGACUGUGAUCAGAUGUCUUCACCACGGAUGUGCCCUGCACAUACUGGCCGUUGCAAGGCGACAUGCUCCCGUGUAAAGGCCUCCAGCUUGCCUGAGGUGCCCCGGACUGGCAGAGAGCGUGCACGCUUCAAGUCAAAAGAGCGUGGUCGCGCCACCUCUGCGGAAAGGGCCACAAGUCCCAUGAAGAAAACCGAACAUACUUCCAAAAGAAAAAACGCCACAUGUUCUCCUCUAAAUAAAGUGCUGAUGGAAACCCUUGACAAACUAAAGAUCAAGAAACAACUUAGGUCUGAAGCAACAGCUGUUGUUAACGAGAUAGUGGAAAACAUCAUUAAACAUAUGAGGACGACCGAAUGUUUCUAUAAUGUUAAAAAAAGAAGCACUGGUAGCCAGUAUGAAAAUGUGAAGAUCUCUCAACCUGACGAGUUUGAUGUGAUGCUGACAGUCCCAGUCCAGAGUGUGAUUGUCCAGCCAUUUGACGUAGAGGGGGCAUUCUACACCGUGGCAUUAAAAGGCUAUCCUCGAAAACACCCACUGAAUAACUUUGUGCAAGAGGAUGGAAGGUCCAUUUCUGCCUCUGCAAUGUUGGAGCAAUUUAGAACACAUGUUAUAAAAGCUGUCAAGCACAUGGCAGAUGUGAAAGUGGAGCGCAAAAAGAGAGGCUGCCCAGCAGUGACACUGCAGAUUGAGGAGAAAGACUUGCUGAUUGGAUUGGACGUCGUCCUCGGGCUAGAGGUCCGCUCCUGCUGGCCCCUGCACACUCAGGAUGGCUUCAGAGUUGAGGAGUGGCUCGGGGCCAAGACAAGGAGGGACUUCACAUUUGAACCGUUCUUCUUGGUGCCGAAGUAUGAAGGUGCAGGGAACGAACAGAUGGAUGGAGUCUGUGCCAAAGAUGCCUGGCGAAUCUCCUUUUCACAUGUGGAGAAGAGCAUUUUGAAGAACCACAGUCAACUGAAGACCUGCUGUAAGACAGGCGGGACCCAGUGUUGCAGGAGGCAGUGUCUGAAACUCCUGAAGUACCUCUUGGUCCAACUGAAAGAGAAGUACCCGAAGGAGCUUUCAAAGUUCUCUUCCUACCAGGCUAAGACUGCACUCUUCCAUGCCUGCUCCGUGAGGGUGAGCGACAAGGACUGGGAGAUGUCAAAUCUGGGUGACUGCUUUCAGCAGCUCCUGGGCGACUUUGUAGCCUAUCUCAGGGCUGGCCAUCUCCCCAACUUUUUUGUUCCCACCCACAAUCUGCUCGGCUCCAGGUACAACCAAAGAAGCCGGAACCUCCUGGCAAAAUGUAUUGAAUUUGAACAAAAUAACAUGUUUCCCAUUUUUCGUUAGUGACUAAGUAUGAAUCAUUGGGAGAGCGCUGUUAUAGCAUCCACUUCAAUCGAUUCUUUAAGAAUCAUCACCUGUUCAGGUAAGGUCAUUUAGUAAAGUCACCCUCUUCUGUAGGCUACCACAGGAAAAAAAAGCCUGAUUUCAAAGUCCUUUUUUAAACCGUAAGGCUUUACACCUGCCGACAAUGUUGUGAGAUCUCCCAAUCAGACUACAACCCUGCCUCGAUUGCAUAAGUCACAGGAGGCUGGCUUUUUUGGUGGUUCCAAUAAUAUGUGAGCCCUCUUCUUAGAGCCUUCUUCAGGAGCCCAUCUUUUUAAGCAGUAACUUACCAUAUUUAACACUCUCAGGUGUUUAAGCGUAGAUUAAAACUUAUCCUUUUAGUCUGUUCUGUAAUUAUAUUGGGUGCUGACAUGGAGAGCAAUUGUGCAGGGAAGGGCGAGAGCAGUCACCCCACCCUUCGCUACAAGUUGUGAUUACGGAAAAUUCUGAUGCUAAGGACUGUCAUUGCUGUUCCCUCUUUAUUAGUGUUUCCCUGCCUUUUCAGUAGGGUUUUGCUGUUCAUGGGAUGGAUCCAGGGCUGGUUCUAGGGGGGUACUGGGGUGGGCACUACCCCCCUCCAGAUUCAUCCCCCUCCCCGAUAAACAUGAACAAAACAAUAGAACGCUAAGAAAACGGCAAAGAACUUCAUAACAAAGUUGUCCUCCAAAGAAUGGGGUUGGUGGUGGGCUGAAAACAGAUGAGAAAACCUUUACAUGUAGUCAUUGAGCAGGCACAAAUAGGGGUGGGACAAAAUAUCGAUACGGGAAUAUAUCGUAUUACUUCCUCUUGCGAUACGUUAUCGAUACACUGGCGCCAAAUAUCGAUAUUUUUAUUAAAACAUGCAGGCGCUCCAA